AAACGAAUUAACGUGAGGCAGACGGGGAAACAUGGCAGCCACCGCCGACAGCAACUUGGACAUCUUUGCCUCCAUCGCUUGUCUUUCGAGGGAAGAACACUGCACAGACCACUUGCAGGUUUUAAAAAAAUUCACGGCUGCGUUACGGGACAAGGAAUACAGAGAUGCUGUGGACGAGGAGACGUUCUCCAGUCUUCUAAAGUUCUUGUCCCGACUGUGUGAUGACCUUCUGGCUGUCAGCUGUGAGGAUCAGGACCAGGAUCUGCCGUCUGUGGUCCUGCGUCUGCAGUUGACCGCUGAGUGCUUCAGGGCUCAGAGGAACGCCUGCGUGCAGAGUACUCGCAACCAGAGUCUGCUCAGGGAGCUUGGUUUCAUCGAUGUAUCCAUUAAACACCUGGCCUUCCUUCAGACCACACGUGUGGGGAGCAGAGAUGGCAUAUUUGAAUCUCUUCGUAUUGGGAUCCAGUUCCUCGGUAACAUGUCGGUUGGAAACCAAGCAUGUAAAGAUGACAUUUGGCAGCGGAGCUUUCCGGAUCUUCUCCUGCAGCUGCUCCGUGUCGAUGAUGACAAGGCAGUACACUACGCCGCUAUGGUACUCCACACGUGUCUGGAUGAAACCAAGGUGGAAGAACUGUCUGAACCACAGAACAUCCAGCUGGCACUCAGGGUGAUGGAGCUCUGCAGGACCCAACCUGACCUGGACUGGACGGUUCUCAUUGCAACCCAGCAUUUCCUCAAAUCUUCAACUCUGGUGGAGAGCAUGUACUCUGGGAUGUCCCACCACGAAAGAGUUACUCUAUUGGAGCUGCUCUCUGCCCAGCUCCAAGAGGAGGCCUCGGAGGAGUGUGGCAUUCCCCCCGAUGUGGCUCGCUUCCUGGCUACUUCGUUCCAGAACGGUUGUGGAGCUGUGCUGACACUCGCCACUGGCUCUGCGUCCAGUGAUGAGGUCCUGCACGAAGCCCUGACAGUGAUUAGUCUGCUGGACGUGCUGUGUGAGAUGACCUCCGAUCACAAGCAGUUCAUGUUUCUCCAAGACCAUCCUGACCUUCUAGUGACUAUUGUUGAGCUCCUGCGGCAAGUGCAUGUUAUUGGGAAGGCCAGUAAGAACAUUUUCAGUGCUGCUCAGAACUUCUCCUUCAGUGGAGAUGACAACCCUCCCGCCCAAUCUCCUGUCAUCAGCUUCAAGGCCCAGCUCAUCAGGCUGAUAGGAAACCUCUGUUACAGCAAUACCGACAACCAGAACAAGGUCAGAGAACUGGAAGGCAUCCCCCUCAUCCUGGACAACUGCAACAUAGACAGCAACAACCCAUUCAUCAGCCAGUGGGCCAUCUUUGCCAUCAGGAACCUCCUGGAACACAACACGCAGAACCAGGAGCAGAUCGCCAGGCUGGAAAAGCGGGGCACCGCCGACUACUCCGCACUCAGGGAGUUGGGUUUCCUAGUGGAGGAGAGAGAUGGAAGCCUGCUGCUCAAAACUGUGAGAAAAGACUCUUGAAGGCCUGAGAGGAGCGGCCGGGCGAGGGGAGGCCCUCGACCCGCAUGCAGGUUUUCCAUGUGUAGUAUUUGUUUAUAAAAGAAUACGGUACUGUACUCUUGUUUUGCUACUUGCCUCUUUAAUAUUACCUAAUACUUCAACCUCUGGGAGUGAUUUACCCCUCAGGAACAACAUUCCUGUCCAGAAUAACUGACAGUCACCCUGCGGGCAGAUUAAGAACAACGCUUUAAAUUACUCAUCAGGGAAGUAUGCACUUUUCUACCUUUUUUUAUUUAGUAAAGCUUCCAGCCUUUUGCCAGAUGGGGUGGGAAGUAUUCUUAAUACACAAAAAGACCCCUGGGGUCUCCCUGGUGUAAAAGCAGAGGUCAAGACCUCAGGAGCUCUGGUUUUGUCUUGAACUGAGUUUGGGAAAUGAAGAGAUUGCGAGAGGCGAGCACACGCUGGUUCCUUUUGGCCGGGCUCAUGCUUUGUGGUUUAAUCCAAAGACAAAGCGCACCACAGUGUCCAGACUUUUCACUUGUCCCAUACGCUGAUGUUACCAGCAGGGGAAGGGGUUUAAUUCCAGGCCCAUAGUGACUUCUGCAGGGACCGCAGAAACCAAUAAUGACCAAAACAUGAUGUAAUCAACCCCCUCACUGCCUUAGCUACUUAAAAAGUGACUUCCAAACGUUUCCAACAAUUUAUUUAAACAGGCAUAACGUUCAUAUUAAAGUCUAAGAAUGUCUCGAGGGAAAAAUGCAAUACAUAAACUGAAGCUAUGCAUGUUUUGCAUUUUAAAAACAAUCCGUUACAGCAUGAGCGUGUCACUUUCUCGCCUGGUAUUAAAGCUAUGGACUGAAUGGUU